AUCUUGACUUCGAUUCUUAACAGCUCUCCUCCAGUCCUCCACCGCUAUAUCUCCACAAAGCUUCUUCGCCAUUUCCGUCGCUUCAUCUACCAUUCUCGUUUUCAGCCCGAUAAUCCCUAAACCUUGAUGAACAAUGCUCGCCAGGUAAUUGUAUUGGUUUAAUUUCAGUUCGGUCGUUGAAUUCCAUGGGUUCGGUCGUUGAAAUCGAUCGUUACAAUUUGAGACCACUGUCUGUAUCUUUGCUCGGUGAGCGGCCGCGGCUCCCUGUGUCCCAGAACGCCCUACUUAUCAGUAGACGGUUUUCAAAAGUUGAUCACGAGAUAGUCUUGAACUGCUACAAGCCGGCUUUUCAUGUUCUUCGCGGGAGCUGCAUUUUGGCCAAGCGGAACGCGGUUACUGCCGCCGCGGCCAGAGUGGAGGCAGACAGAUUUGACGACGGGCAUAAAGUGGUGAGUUUGACUUUGCUGUUCGCUUGCUUAUAUUGGGGGUAGGUCCCGCGUUUGGGUUUCGAUUGAGAAUGAAUCUCAUUUCGACUAGCGUCCAUUGGUGAAAAAUUAGAGAAUCUAAAACUGUGUCAGGGAACAGUAAGAGUAGGAGAAUGUGAUCCCGACUGCAUGUUCGACUGAUUUUCCUGUCUGUUGGCUGUCGUGUUUGUGUUGGAUCUAUAUGAAAAUCCCAUUGUAUGAACGGUUGAUUGGGAGAACCACCGCCCUUAUAACACGCAAGGUUUAACUUGGGAGUGACGGUGGUGUAUAUGAGAAGAAUUCCAGUGCCUUCUGAAACCAUGGAAAUUGACAAAGGCCAUAACUUGCCUGCAAUAGAGGAUAAUGCUUAUAAGCUUCAGAACAAGGCAAGUCAACUGAGGAAAAGAAUUGGUUUUGGAUUCGCAAUUGGGUUUGGUUGCGGAGGUGUGGUAUUGGCUGGAGGAUGGGUCUUCACUGUGGCCUUGGCAGCUACUGUAUUUGUUGGUUCCCGGGAGUACUUUGAAUUGGUUAGGAGUCAUGGAAUAACUGCUGGAAUGACCCCGCCUCCUCGAUAUGUGUCACGAGUUUGCUCUGUCAUUUGCGCUCUUAUGCCAAUCUUCACAUUGUAUCUUGGUCAGAUUGACAUUCCAGUAACCUUUUCUGCUUUCGUCGUUGCCAUCGCAUUGCUUCUUCAGAGAGGAAAUCCUCGGUUUGCUCAGCUUAGCAGUGCAAUAUUUGGCUUGUUUUAUUGUGGCUAUCUGCCUUGUUUCUGGGUCAAGCUUCGAUGUGUUUUAGCAGCCCCGGCAUUGAAUACUGCAUUAGGUGCAGCCUGGCCUGUUUUGCUAGGUGGACAGGCUCAUUGGACUGUGGGCCUUGUGGCAACCUUGAUUUCAAUUAGCAGCAUCAUAGCAGCUGAUACAUAUGCUUUUAUGGGUGGCAAGGCAUUUGGCAGGACACCAUUGACAAGUAUUAGUCCUAAGAAGACAUGGGAAGGAACUUUGUGGGGCCUAGGGGGUUGUGUAGCAACUACUGUUAUACUUUCAAAGAUAUUUUCCUGGCCAACAUCUUCACUGAGUGCCAUUGCAUUUGGGGUGCUGAACUUUUUGGGGUCCGUAUUUGGUGACCUUACAGAGUCAAUGAUCAAACGUGAUGCUGGUGUCAAGGACUCUGGCUCUCUGAUUCCAGGACAUGGGGGGAUCCUUGACAGAGUGGAUAGCUACAUAUUUACAGGUGCACUAGCGUACUCAUUCGUCAAAAUCAUCCUACCACUCUAUGGUAUUUGAUAACUCAAGUAGUGACAGAGGCAAAGGAGAAAGCACAGCAAAGGACAUGUUCCACGUACCAUGCGGGAGAAAGAGCAGGGCGAGGAAGUUUGGCUUCUCAGGUUAUAUACAGCGGGCAUUGGCUGUAAAGAAUUGUUUUGACCAUGACCAAGUCAUAAAUCAGGUCCCCCGAUGCUGCAUUAAUUCGUUGAUGUAGCACAGCACGACACUACCUGAAGGCUGCGCUGCGGAUUGAUCAACAGUUUUAUUUUUCAUUAUUUAUUUCAGUGGCAUAGUGGCAUGUAGGGGUGGAAGUUUGCGGGUAACCCGCAAACUGCACCAAACCGCACACUUUGUGGAU